AUGCCCUUCUGCUGUUCUAAAAGCUCACCCCGCCUUGCACCAGAUCUCAUAGCUGCCUUCGCCGAAGCUACCGCCACGCCAUACUUCAUCUACCGCCUGCGAGACGCCAUGCUGAAGGACCCGACCGGCCGACGCAUUCUCCGAGACCGGCCGCGCAUCUCCUCGAGCACGCUGUCCAUGGAGCACCUACGAACCCUGCCCACCAACUCCGUGGGGCGCACAUACGUUGGCUGGCUGGACCGCGAGGGCGUCUCGCCAGACACGCGCAGCGCGGUGCGCUACAUUGACGACGAGGAGUGCGCGUACGUGAUGCAGCGCUACCGCGAGUGUCACGACUUCUACCACGCUCUGACGGGGCUGCCGAUCGUGCGCGAGGGCGAGGUGGCGCUCAAGGCGUUCGAGUUCGCCAACACGCUCAUCCCCAUGACCGGCAUGAGCAUGUUCGCCGCCUUCACGCUGAAGCCGAUCGAGCGCCGCCGCUUCGUCGGCACCUACCUCCCCUGGGCGCUCAAGAACGGGCUCAGGUCCAAGGAGAUCGUCAACAUCUACUGGGAGGAGCAGCUGGAGCGGGACGUGGUCGAGCUGCGCCGUGAACUAGGCAUCGAGCAGCCGCCGGAUCUGAGAAACAUACGGAAAAUCGAGCGGGAGGAGAAGAAACGACGCAAGGAACAAGCUGCGGCCGCCGCCGCCGCGGCGAGAGGGACAGUAGCUGCUGUUGAGGCAGCAUAG